AGCUGGGCCGGCCGGGCGGAGGCUCCCGGAGCCGAGGCUGGAAGUCGGCGCGUUCUGCAGCGCCGCCGUGUGGCCCCUGCAGCCUGCCUCACCCUAACCCCAUCACCUCCAGAAUGCCCGAGGAAGGUGCUGAGCUCCGUGCAACAGCUGAUCUUUGGCUGAGGGAGGAUCUAGGGAAAUGUGUGUGGCCAGCUGUGAGGGCCGGGAUGUGAAGGAUCUCCCCAAACGGGUCCCUGUUUCGAGAGUCUGCUACGCAGGAACAGAUCCUCUGCUGAGCACACAGGUCCCUGGUGUCGUCCUGAGGUGAGUGCCGGCAGCAUCAUGAAGGCUCUUCUCCUUGUCCUGUUGGCUGAAGUCUGUCUCACCUCCCUUGUCCCAGAGAAGGAGAAGAAUCCACAAUACUGGAGGAAUCAGGCUCAGCAGACACUGAAAAUUGCUCUGAAGCUGCAGCAGCUCAACACCAAUGUGGCUAAGAACAUCAUCUUAUUUCUUGGAGAUGGUAUGGGAGUCUCCACAGUCACAGCAGCUCGUAUCCUCAAGGGGCAGUUGCAGAACAUGAAGGGGGAAGAAUCCCUGCUGGAAAUGGAUAAAUUUCCUUAUGUGGCUUUGUCCAAGACCUACAACACCAACGCCCAGGUGCCAGACAGUGCAGGCACUGCCACCGCUUAUCUCUGUGGGGUGAAGGCCAACGAGGGGACGGUGGGUGUGAGUGCAGCCGUGACCCGCGCUCAGUGCAAUACCACAGCGGGCAAUGAGGUCACAUCGAUUCUCAAGUGGGCGAAGGGAGCAGGCAAGUCUGUGGGCAUUGUCACCACCACACGGGUAAACCACGCCACUCCCAGUGCUGCCUAUGCCCACUCUGCUAACAGGGACUGGUAUUCGGAUAACGAGAUGCCCCCGGAGGCCAUCCAGCAGGGCUGCAAAGAUAUCACCCAGCAGCUCUUUGACAACAUCCCAGACAUCGAGGUGAUCAUGGGAGGUGGUCGGAAAUACAUGUUCCCAAAGAACACCAGUGAUGUGGAAUACCGGGAUGAUGACAAGUACAGGGGCACUCGUCUGGAUGGCAAAAACCUCAUUGAUGUUUGGAGAGAUAAGAAACCUAAAGACAAGAAUGCCCAGUACGUCUGGAAUCGCAGUGACCUGUUGUCUCUUAACCUGAUGGAAGUGGACUUCCUCUUAGGCCUCUUCGAGCCAAUGGAUAUGAUGUAUGAGCUAGACAGGAAUGUCCAGACAGAUCCUUCCCUGACAGAGAUGGUGCAGGUGGCCAUCAAAAUCCUCCAGAGAAACCCCCGAGGAUUCUUCCUGCUGGUAGAAGGAGGUAGGAUCGAUCACGGUCACCACGAGGGGAAAGCCAAGCACGCACUGUAUGAGACCGUGGAGAUGGACACAGCCAUAGGCCAGGCUGGUGGCAUGACGUCACUGGAGGACACGCUGACCGUAGUCACUGCUGACCACUCCCAUGUCUUCACCUUUGGUGGAUACACACCCCGCGGCAAUCCCAUUUUCGGUCUAGCACCGAUGCACAGCGAUGUGGAUAAAAUGCCCUUCACCUCCAUCCUGUACGGAAAUGGCCCCGGGUACAAAAUCGUAGCCGGAGAGAGGGAGAAUGUGUCCGCUGUGGAUUAUGCUCAUGCCAGCUACCAGGCCCAGUCGGCUGUGCCCCUGCGCCAGGAGACCCAUGGGGGUGAGGAUGUAGCGAUCUUUGCCAAGGGCCCCAUGGCCCACCUCCUGCAUGGAGUCCACGAACAGAACUACAUCCCACACGUCAUGGCCUAUGCCGCCUGCAUUGGCCAGAACACAGACCACUGCCGUUCUGGGGCCCACCACAAUAUAGUGGGGCCUCUGCCCUUCCUCUCCAUCCUUGCUUCCAUCAUCCUCCUCAAAUUCUUGUUUUAAGGUCUUUCCCUGAAUCAGCUCACUUCCUUCAGUCACAGACCAGGGGUCGCCAGCUGUCUCAAAUAGAGAUCUUGACCCCAUUCAAAGACUGAUCUUGGAACCUGUCUCGCCAUAUGAUACGGGAUCUUCAGGCUUUAACCACAUUGGACAUAAUACCAAAGCUUUCUAUGGCUCUUGCCUCUGGACCCACCUUGCCCCUGAACCAGGGCAGCUGGCCUAUGGCCAUGAACCACUGUUCAAGAUCAUUAGGGGUGGGGAACUGAGUGAGGGGCUCAGUUGCUGUUGAUGCUGCUGAACGUCCCUUGUGUGGAUGCCCUGUACUCCAAGUUGGCUUCAAGAGCUGGAAGUGUUGGGCUGUUUCUAUAGCAAUAGCCUGGACUGGUUCUGUGAACCCAAAGGCAGAGACACACAGGUUCAGGCUGGGGCAAACUCUCUUGGGUCCAGUUGUUUCAUAUCUAAUAAUGUUUUAUGCUCCCCUAACCCAAAUCAAGCAGUUUUUAAAAAAAAAAAUCAGAAGAACCAAACUCACCUAUUAGGAAAUGUUCUAUUCUCCUCCCAUGGCUGCUGAUUAUGUAAAUAGAGGCUUCCUCCCCUGGAACCAAAAACCGGAUCUAAACUUUUGAGAGAAGUGGCUUUUGGAAUCUGAAUUUGGCUUCUUCGUUCAUCUCUGGUUGAUGUUUUCAGACGAACUUUGGGGAAUUAGUCACUUAAGUCAGCAGGAAUGGGCCACCUAGAGCCGGAUCCAUAAAGGUAUUUAGGCUCCCAAGUCCCUCCAGUUUCAAUGGAAGUUAGGAGCCUAAAUAUCUUUGUGGCUCUGGGCCUCAGCUCCUUUUGAAAAUCCGGUCCUCUGUCUGACAGCACAGGAGUGAUGCUUCAGACCCUGCACUAUGGCAUCACUGAUGAGACUUUCAGUGGGUCCAAAGGAAUCACUCAUAUUCAUAGAAUCCUAAGACUGGAAGGGACCUUGUGAGGUCUCUAGUACAGUCCCCUGCACUCAUGGCAGGACUAAGUAUUAUCAGUGGUGUUUGAAGCCAGGGUGAUACAAUAUAUGGAGCCCUCUUUGAUUCCUCCCUUUAGCCCCCUUGGUGCCAGGCAUAUUGGGCGCUCCCAGCCUACGCUGGGGUUGCCACGUCUGUCCCAGACCUCGUGCCACAAUUCUGAUUUGUCUAGGCUCUGCUUUGUUCCUCAUGUCUGGCUUGUAGGACACUAAAGGUCUCUGGAGACCAUGCUUGUUGGUCACUCCUUGGUGAUGCUGUGAUGUGAAGAUGUGGGGCAAAAUGGCACGUCAGGCUAGGAACCCAGGUUGUCAGAUCCUGGGUCAGUCAACCCCUCAUGUCUUCCAAGCUGGACUGGGAAGGUCCAAGUAAAGGUAUUCUUGUGAGAUUUUCUACAGCCAGUUAGGCCAUGGACAAUACCCCCACGAUCAACCUUUGCUACCAUAUUGCAGUCUUGGCCUGAGCUCAUCAGUGGGGAGCAGCUGGAGAAUAAUGUUGGUCAAACUUUUCUUGACCAUAUUAAAAGGUUGUUUGCAGUGCUGUGGCCAUGUUGGUCCCAGGAUGUUAGCGAGACAAGCUAUCUUCUAUUGGACAGAGUUCUGUUGGUGAAAGACACACACUUUUGAGCUGCACAGAUCUCUGUGUCAUGGCUGGGCUCACUCAUCCACCUUGUCUCCUAUAUAAAAAAAGGUCAAUUUUGAGUUUCAGGCUGGGUCAUAUUUGAACCAAACUGUUUUCCCUGUCUCUGAUUGCAUCACAGUGUGAUGAUGCAACAGCCUUAGGAGCCAAAAUCCUAUUAAAAGUCAAUGGGACUUAAUUUUUCUAGAUACUAGGAGACCAGCAUGGCCAAGGCCCCUGCUGAUAUACAGAAAGAAGUAGGGUGUGUGUGUGUGCGCGCGCGCGCGCGCGCAGGGAUAACAUUGUCAAAAACACUUAUGUGCCUUGAAAGACUAACCAUCAUUUCUCCUGACAAGUUGAUGCAGCAGGUGGAGGGGAAUUAUUUGCCAUGACAUGUGGUGAUUAGUUUCUGAGGAUGCUCAUCAGCAUGCCCUUAGGAGACCUGAGCUCUUUAAUUUAUCAAGGUUUUAUUCAGCUGUUCAAUUUGUCAGUAGGUUUUGUUUUGUUUUUUUUGUUUUUAAUAAAGCCUUUUAAAAAAAAAUUAACUAUUUCAGGCCAUAGCGGAUUGUUUGAAGAAACUUCAAUUCUUGGGGCCAAUGAGGCACUGGAAGGACAGCCUCUUUGGGUUUCAUUCAUAAGAAAACCACUGGCCUGAACGCAGCCACGUGGAAGGAACAGUCAAUCCACUUCAUAACCUGUGACCUAAGACCGCUGUCUGUAUUUCCAUAGAAACUGUUGCUAUGGGUAUUGUCCAUGGUGAAAGCAAAUCAGCUGUCAGUGAUAAAUAAAUACAAAUCUGGGAAUGCA